AUGGUGUUCAUAAAUGAUAUUUUUGCGAAGAAGCGACGUACAAUAGUCUUCUUAGUUGCGGUGACAAUAGUGCUUGUCAUAUCUGGCAUCGUCAUUGGUCUUGUCAUUGGUCUCCAAAAGCGCAUUGUUAAUGGAACAAUUAUUAGUAUCGAUAAUUCAUCUUCAGAAAAAUAUAUAUUAGAUAAUGCAAAGGAAACAAUUGAUGGAUCUUACUACAUAGCAUUGCCUGGUUUCGUCAAUACUCACACACAUUUAUGGCAACAUAUAUCGAAAUCAUUGGCUCCUAAAGAACCAUUACAAAAUUGGACUAGAAUUUAUCGACCUAUUCAUUAUUUAACUAAGGAUGAAUUAUUUGAUGUUGUACUAGCUGCAUCCUGUGAGGCACUUCUUUCAGGUAUAACAACAGUUUCUGAUUAUGCAUCAUUAGGAUUUAAUGAUUAUGGAUUCGAAACAAAUGCUAAGGGUAUUGCAGCAGCUGGUUUGAACGCAAUUUUAGUUUGGCAUAAUCCUUCAAUUUUUUUACAUGAUCAAAUAAAAUUAAAAGAAAUUCAACGUUUGAAAAUUAAAUAUCAAGAUCAAUUUGAUCUAUGGAUGGGAUUUGGACCAUUAUCAUUUCAUUCAUUACCAGCAAUUUAUUCUGGUAUUUUAAUUGCCAAACAAUUAAAUAUGUCCACUACAGAGCAUACUAUGGAAAACAUUCAAGAACAACGAGAUUUUCGUAAUCAUAUGAUUGAUUAUUUACAACAAUAUAAACGUUUUAAUUUAACAAAUGAUGAACAAAUUUUAUACAAUCUCACAAAUUUAACGUCUCCAUCAAAUGUUGAUGCUUAUGAACAAUUACUUCGAACUGUUCAACAAAUAUUAAAAUUUGAUAAAAUCUUAGAAAAUGAUAUAUCAUACAAAAAAUUAACCGAUGUAGAAAAGCAAAUGUUAGAUACAUUUAAUUAUAAUAGACGAAGUUCACCACUGAUUUUAUUAGAUUAUUUUCAAAUAUUAAAAACUCAUUUGGCAAUUCAUAGUGUCUGGUUACAAAGUGAAGAUAUUGAUAUUCUCAUACGAAAUAAUAUGUCUAUCUCACAUAAUCCAGAAUCAAAUAUGUAUUUAACAUCUGGUAUCGCUCCAAUUGAUGAUUAUUUGAGAAAAAAUAUUUUAAUAACAAUUGGUACUGAUGGUGCAGCAAGUAAUGAUGGAAUCAAUUUUUUUACAGCAAUGAAACAAAUGUGGAAUGGAUAUAAAGUAAAUAUGAUGAAUACAGAUAUAUCAAAAAAAUUUGAUGAAUGGAAUAUUAUACAAGCAGCAACAAUUAAUGGAGCUAAAGCCUUGAAAAUUGAUAAGAAAAUUGGUUCAAUUGACAUUGGAAAACAAGCUGAUAUAACUCUUAUUGCAACAAAUGAACUUGGCCUAUCACCUUUACGACAAAACACUCUAAAAUCACUACUUAUCUAUAGUGCUGAUACAAGAAAUGUUAAAUAUGUUGUAAUAAAUGGUACUAUACGUGUCGAUAAUGGUUAUAUUAAAUAUCAAAAUCAAUCACAACUGGCUCAAAGACUUACUCAAAUUGCUCGAGAUGUUGAUUUAAGAAUAAUUAAUGGUAAAAUUUGGUCAGAAAAAUAUAUCAUAACACGACAAGAUCUUAUUCAUUCAUACUGGUACAAAUAUCGAUCAAUUCGAGUCCAAGAUACUAUUGAUCUAAUCAUAGAGUCUGUAGAGAAUUUAACAAUGUGCAUUGUUGUAUCUGGAACAACAUUCGGUGGAGGAACUUAUACUGUUAUAGAUGAACUCGCUAAGCAGAGAUUUCCGGAAGAUAAAUUAUCGCAAGCAUUUUCGAAGCCGAUAUCCUUGAAUGCAGGUAUAUCAUUACGAAUUACUAGAAAACGCAGCCAAUAUGAAUACACAAUAUAUUUAGGAAAUUCAACUAUUUUCGCGCAAAAUAGUACCACCGCAGGACAACUACUAAUAUUAGCUGUGGAAGCGAACAGUGAAUUAUCAACAAUCUGCCUCGAUACAACUGUUUAA